AUCUACCUGGGGGAGGUGAACUAUCAGUGGCCGCGACACAGCCCUGGCUUCAAACAAGCUAAUUAAACCAGUCGUAUUUUCCCGAUGUCAUCACAGCCCGAAGCCACACCAGCACCCUGGAGCUUUUCAUUCAGAAUUUCAAAACAGGCUCUCGCAUCCAUUGCUUGAACGACUAUAUUGGGUGCUUGUUUUCACUCUGUCGGAUAAUGAUCAUAACCAGUCCAUUAUCUGAUCACUUUUUGUUUUACUCUUUCUUCAUUUAGCCUACUGUUAACAAUUAGAGAUCAGAGAUCCUCAUUGUCUUGGUUUUCCCUCCAGGUUCAAUUUCGGCAGAAGAAAAGCUGACAAGAAGAUGCAUAUAUACCGCCGACGAGCCAGGAAUCUCGCCUGGUACGACGAAGAUGGCGAACCGCCUACUCGAAAUCCCUUCAAGAAAUUCAGAACCCGGUCACCUACACGUAGAACGACCACCGUGGCGGCGAGACCGGAAUUCGAUGAUAUAUCAAUGGCAGAACAUCGCAAGGGAGAGGCUAUGGCCGGUGGCAUCCAACGAGCUGAGGGCACAGAUUCUAUGCCCUUGCCUUCAUCUGUUGGGACAGAUGGAGCCUUUGGGUUGCCCCCUGUCGGAGAAUCGGUUAAUAGCCUCGUUCCCCUAAGGCGGCCGGAAAUAGACGCCGCUUCCUUGAGCGAUCAGUCUAUCAGACGGAGAACCACUCCGAAGCACGCGGAGAAUGCCAAUCUCGACGACGCGAUAAUUGAGGACCCGGAGGCGCUUGGUGGUAAGGAAGACAAACAGAAGUACACAUUUGUUGGUCAACUGAGAGCCACUUUGUUCAACUCUUGGAUUAAUGUCUUGUUACUGGCUGUGCCGGUGGGAAUUAUCCUACAUUAUAUCCAUGUUGACCCAAUCGCAGUAUUUGUGGUCAAUUUUGUUGCAAUCAUACCACUUGCCGCACUGUUAGGUUAUGGAACAGAGGAAAUCGCCAUGAGGACUGGCGAGACCGUCGGCGGCCUUCUCAACGCCACCUUCGGAAACGCCGUUGAGUUAAUUGUGUCAAUCCUGGCGCUGUUCAAAAAUGAGAUCGUUAUCGUGAAAACCUCUCUCAUUGGGAGUAUGUUAUCCAAUCUACUCUUGGUGAUGGGUAUGUCAUUCUUUCUCGGAGGAAUCAAUCGCAUUGAGCAGAAUUUCAAUAUGACGGUCGCCCAAACUGCUGCCAGUUUGCUUGCUCUCGCGGUUGGGAGUCUGAUCAUUCCAACUGCAUUUCAUACAUGGUCCGAAGGAACAAGCAUCAUCCUGCUAUUUGUGUACGGCUGCUACCUUUUCUUUCAGCUAAAAUCCCACACGGAGAUGUACAACAAGCCCAGCGAAAAGGUUGAGAAACGGAGAGGGAAAGUUGAGAGUGGAGAUGCCAUCAAGGGAAUCGCCCAGAUAGGAGCUGGCAUUUCAGCGAGUAUGGGCGGGCACAAUGCGCAGAGCGUACCGAUUCAAGUUCCAGAUGAUGAAGACCAAGAAGAACCAGAACUCCAUUUCUUUGUCGCCCUAUUUACGCUCGCUGCGUCCACAGCGUUGGUAGGAGUCUGCGCUGAAGCGUUGGUCUCUUCCAUAGAUGUAAUAACGACUCGCGGGCAUAUCUCCGAAACAUUUGUUGGACUGAUUCUCCUACCUAUCGUGGGCAACGCCGCAGAACAUGCCACUGCUAUUACCGUUGCCAUGAAGGAUAAAAUGGACUUGUCUAUUGGUGUUGCCGUCGGAUCGAGUAUGCAGAUUGCGCUGUUGGUUCUUCCACUUAUUGUUGUGAUCGGAUGGAUUGCAGGCAAGGAUGAUAUGUCAUUGUAUUUCGAUGGAUUCCAGAUUGCCGUCCUGUUCGUCGCUGUCCUUCUGGUUAACUACCUCAUUCAAGAUGGCAAGUCUCACUGGUUGGAAGGAAUGCUACUAAUGACGUUAUAUCUUAUUAUUUCUGUGGCUGCAUGGUUUUACCCUGCAAAGUCCGAACGAACCGGAUCCGGUGCUUCCUGA